CGGUGAUGGAGGACCCGGAGCUCUCAAACCGGAGCCGGUUCCGCAGGUUCCCGGUGUGGAUCAUAGAACACGUGUGGACUCACAGGACGAUGGACAUUCAACAAGUUGUGGACCCGUCUGAUUGGCCGGCUGUGGACUCGCAGCCUCGGAGCACCGAGGACUCGUGGAAGCUGCGUGUGGCGUCGGCUCAGAUGUUCUGCAUCGUGAGGAACAGAGACACGCAGAACUUUGAGAGAGUGAUGAAGUAUCUGGACGCCACGUUCAGGCUCCUCCCCCGACUGGUGGCGCCCAUCAAACACAUGAAGAUCAUGUUCGGACUUAAAACGCUGGUCGUCAUGUGGAUGCUCAGCCAGCGGAGAGGGACGGUGGAGACUGUGUUUAAAAUCAUCCAGUUCUUCCCGAACAAGCUUCCUCAAUAUCAGGACCAGUGUAACCAACACGAGAUGUUCCUCAUGAGGAAGAACAAUCUGGACUUCAGGGUUCUAGCUCAGGCUCUCGCUAUGGACGAGGACAAACUGCAACAUUAUGUGAAGACUCAGAUGCAGCAGACGUACGGAGAACGUUACGCACAGAAGGUCGAGGACCGGCUGCUGCACUACCUGCAGGAGCUGGAGGCUGCGCUGCCUGGAGACACUUUCAUCGACAAGAUCCUGAAGAAGGAAAGUCCUGUGACUGAAGAGGAGAAGCUGCUGCUGGAUGUGAUCACAUCCGACUCCACGACCAUAGCAACAACUCUGAGGAAGCUGCUGCACUGUGAUGCAGCUUCCUGUCGUCAGGCAUCAGAACACCGAGCGACUCGAGUGGAAAACUCUCGUCCCUCAGAGUCCGUCGUGUGCAUCAGCUCCUCGAAGAGUCUCUUCUCAUCAGUGGAAGAUAAAACUCCACAGGAGUCCCAGCCUGAGGUUCUGAGACCAGAAGAUGUGGCAGCACAGGAAGUGUCUGCAGAGAGUCCAGAUGUUGGGAGACGUCUACAGUCGAGGGAGGAUGAUGAUGAGAUGAUCGGUUCUGCUGAGGAAACGAGUCUGAGAGCGAGUGGAGCUGCUGCUUCUCCUCAGUUCUGCUCCAGACACCAGCGCUGGGUGAGGAGCAUCCUGCAGGAGUGUCCUGACGAGUGUUCAGAGGAGCUGCAGGCUGAAGCUUCUCCUCCGCUGUUCCAGGUGUCCUCCUGCACCUCCUCAUCACAGGACCUCACCCCGUCGGACCUCGUCCCGUGCCCCCCCGACCGGCAGCUUACACCUCCACAGAGCGACACCACCCCCCCUCCGCCAGCAUCGGAACAGAGGAACCUGGAAGACGAGCGGCGCUCUGGAUCAGCGAGUGCUGGGUCUCCGUCUCCGUCCUGCUGCAGAGACGCUCCUCUGCCCGGUCUGUCCCCCCCGGUCGUCUCCCUGAUGGACGUCCCCUCUGUGAAGGUCGGCGGCGUCCAGCGGCGUGAGGUCGUCCUGCUGCAGCCGUACGUGGCGCUGACCCGGCUCAGCGCUGAGGAGUGUCUCCGACUGACCCGGAGCCGGUGGGCGGAGUCUGAGGCACAAGGCGACGAGGAACAAGUUUCUGAUUCCUCUUUCGAUUUGAACUUUCUUUACUCCAGUCGUUCUUCGAGCAGCGAAGGAGACGAUUCGCUCGACUCUGAUCCCGACUACAACCCCCCCGCUGAGAAGAAAAGACGAAGGUCAGAGUACGAGUCUGAAGAAAUCCUGAAUCCUGUUUGA